AGUGCUGGGCGCCUGGGGCGGUGGCACGCGAGAGGGCGGUCCCUGGAGGCUCCGCCCUGGACCGACCAAAGGCGGCCACCCUGGCUGGGGGAAGUGGCCGGCUGGCGGCGAUCUGGUCGGUUGACAGCUGCUGACAGCUGCCGGCGCGAUGGGGAAGCGGGUGGCCUUCUGCCCUCCAGAGCGCGGUUCCGCACCGCUUUCCGGGUGAGCCGCCCAGGGGCUAUCUUUCCCCGCAGCAGCCUGGUGCUGUCUCUUUAAGAGAUUCGCGGGGCGCCCCGCCUCUUAGAGAUCUGAUUGGUCGCCCCCGCUCGUUUCGUUUCGGAUGGGCGAAAAACACGCUCCAGCGCUCUGGGUCGCCGCUGCUGGGAAGGGCUGCCCGGUGUCCUCGGGGCUGGCGGGCCCUGCGCGCUGGUGACGUCCCUCCCACCUCGCCCACCCCCCCUUCGCGUGGAACCGGCUUCCGAGACUCUUGCGCGACGCUCCCCGUCCCCUGCCGCCGACCCUGGCCGCUGAAGGCCGGAGUCCCCGGGCCUGAGCUGGGUCCUGGCACCCGGCGACAGUGGAUGGGCGGCCCGGGCGGCCAGGCCUGAGCGCUGCCCCGGGGCUCUCAGUGACAGGGUCUCACUGAGUUGCUGAGGCUGGCCUCCAAUUACUGGCGAUCCUCCUGCCUCAGCCUCCCCAAGCACUCUGCCCUACUUAGGACGGCUUGGAAAGGAGGUCAGGCCCUGUAAACAAAACCCAGGGUGCUGCGGCAGGAUGUCCGCCCCGGGAGGCGCCAACGGGAGCUCGGAGCCCGCGCCACCCCUGGCGCCCAACAUCACCGUGCCCCACCGCUGCCUGCUGCUGCUCUAUGAGGACAUCGGCACCUCCAGGGUCCGGUACUGGGACCUCCUGCUGCUCAUUCCCAACGUGCUCUUCUUCAUCUUCCUGCUCUGGAAACUUCCAUUUGCUCGGGCCAAGAUCCGCGUCACCUCCAGCCCCAUUUUUAUCACCUUCUACAUCCUGGUGUUCGUGGUGGCCCUGGUGGGCAUCGCCCGGGCCGUGGUGUCCAUGACCGUCAGCACCUCAGACCCUGCGACUGUUGCCGACAAGAUCCUGUGGGAGAUCACCCGCUUCUUCCUGCUGGCCAUAGAGCUGAGCGUGGUCAUCCUGGGUCUUGCGUUUGGCCACCUGGAGAGCAAGUCAAGUAUCAAGCGGGUGUUGGCCAUUACCAUCGUGCUGUCCCUGGCCUAUUCUGUCACCCAGGGGACCCUGGAGAUCCUGUACCCGGACUCCCACCUCUCCGCGGAGGACUUCAACAUCUACGGGCACGGGGGCCGCCAGUUCUGGCUCGUCAGUUCCUGCUUCUUCUUCCUGGUCUACUCCCUGGUCGUGGUCCUCCCCAAGACGCCGCUGAAGGAGCGCAUCUCCCUGCCCUCGCGGAGGAGCUUCUACGUGUACGCGGGCAUCCUGGCGCUGCUCAACCUGCUGCAGGGGCUGGGGAGCGCGCUGCUGUGCGCCGACGUCAUCGAGGGCCUCUGCUGUGUGGACGCCACCACUUUCCUCUACUUCAGCUUCUUCGCGCCGCUCAUCUACGUGGCCUUCCUCCGGGGCUUCUUUGGCUCGGAGCCCAAGAUCCUGUUCUCCUAUAAAUGCCAAGUGGACGAGACGGAGGAGCCCGACGUCCACCUGCCCCAGCCCUACGCCGUGGCCCGGCGGGAAGGCUUGGAGGCCGCGGGGACUGCUGGGGCCUCGACUGCCUCCUAUUCCAGCACACAGUUCGAUUCCGCUGGCGUAGCCUACCUGGACGACGUGGCGUCCAUGCCCUGCCACGCGGGCAGCAUCAACAGCACCGACAGCGAUCGGUGGAAGGCCAUCAACGCCUGAGAGCCGCCUCCCUGGACCUGCAGGGACAGACGGGACCGGGGGCCGAGGCCGGACUCCCAGGUGGAGCAGAUGAAGGGUUGGGGGCGAGGCCUGCACCUCCUGCCCUCCAGCCCCCAGUUCCCUUGGUGGCCAGUGCUCCAGCUGGGGACCCCUCGUCCUUUUUCCAUCCCCUCGCCCCGCUCAGCAGGCCAGACUGGUCUCCCAGGGACAGAACCUCAUUGCACAGGAUGGCUGCUGCCCACCUCCCCUCACUGCCCCACUCCGCAGCCACUGGUCUCCUCCGAGCGCACAGCGUGGGGGACCAGCGGUGGCGUGUAUAUUUUCUUGAUUUAUUUUUUAAUAAAAAGGAAAAGAGUAGAAA